AUGCGCCCGGAUCUGACGCCACAUGAGUCAGUGGAAGUUGGCCCAGCAUUGUUGCAUUUGAUUCGAGACUGUUGGACCGAACGUCCUUCGGAAAGACCAAAUAUUCUUCAAGUGAGAGAUCAACUCAGAAGUAUGCAGACGACCAAAUGUUCGAAUCUCAUGGACUAUGUGUUCAACAUGAUGGAGAAGUACGCCGCCAGUUUAGAGGAGGAAGUCGAACAGAGGACAAAAGAAUUGGUGGUGGAAAAAAAGAAAAGCGACAUUCUGCUGCACAGAAUGCUUCCAAAACAAGUGGCCGAAAAGCUGAAGCUUGGUCAGUCAGUUGAACCGGAAUCAUUCGAAAGUGUUACAGUCUUCUUUUCGGAUGUCGUUUCGUUUACAACCAUCGCAGCUAGAGGUUCACCUUUGCAGGUCGUUAAUCUUCUCAACAACCUCUACAUGACUUUUGACAGUAUCAUAGACGCACACGAUGUUUAUAAGGUUAGAGCGGUUGUCGCUGGUGUGGUUGGCCUCACAAUGCCUCGGUAUUGCCUGUUCGGAGAUACAGUGAAUACCGCCAGCCGAAUGGAAAGCAAUGGAAAACCCGGAAGGAUCCACCUGUCAAGUGAGGCGAACCAAAUGCUGGAGAAAGUCGGUGGCUUCCAAACUGAGAAACGAGGAGAAGUCAUCAUAAAGGGCACAAGGGCAGUAUGCGAGAACAUACUGGUUACUUGGACGAACUGA